AUGCGGCCCCUGUGGCUCUGCUGGGCCCUCUGGGCGCUGCCCCUGGCUGGCCCCGGGGUGGCCUUGACCCAGGAGCAGAUCCUGGGCAGCCUCCUGCAGCAGCUGCAGCUCAGUGACGUGCCCAUGCUGGACAAGGCCGAGGUGGAGGAGCUGGUCAUCCCUGCCCACGUGAGGGCCCAGUACGUGGCCCUGCUGCAGCACAGCCACGGGGCCCACUCCCGUGGGAAGAGGUUCAGCCAGAAAUUCCGAGAGGUGGCCGGCAGGUUCCUGGCGUCCGAGGCCUCCACGCACCUGCUGCUCUUCGGCAUGGAGCAGCGGCUGCCGCCCCACACUGAGCUGGUGCAGGCCGUGCUGCGGCUCUUCCAGGAGCCGGUCCCGAAGGCCGCGCUCCGCAGGCACGAGCGGCUCUUCCCGCGCAGCUCCCGGGCCCGGGUCACCGUCGAGUGGCUGCGCGUCCGCGACGACGGCUCCAACCGCACCUCGCUGGUGGACUCCAGGCUGGUGUCCAUCCACGAGAGUGGCUGGAAGGCCUUCGACGUGACCGAGGCGGUGAACUUCUGGCAGCAGCUGGGCCGCCCCACGCAGCCGCUGCUGCUGCAGGUCUCGGUGCAGAGGGAGCAGCUGGGCCCGCCGGCCUCCAGCGCCCACCGGCUGGUGCGCUUCGCCUCCCAGGCGGCGUCGGGCGGGCAGCGGGAGCCUCAGCUGGAGCUGCACACCCUGGACCUGAAAGACUACGGAGCCCAGGGCGAUUGUGACCGUGAGGUGCCUGAGAUCGAGGGCACCCGCUGCUGCCGCCAGGAGAUGUACAUCGACCUGCAGGGCAUGAAGUGGGCCCAGAACUGGGUCCUGGAGCCCCCGGGCUUCCUGGCCUAUGAGUGUGUGGGCACCUGCCAGCAGCCCCAGGAGUCCCUGCCCUUCAAGUGGCCGUUUCUGGGGCCGCGGCAGUGCAUCGCCUCGGAGACAGCCUCGCUGCCCUUGAUUGUCACCACCAAGGAGGGAGACAGAACCAGGCCCCAGGUGGUGAGCCUGCCCAACAUGCGGGUGCAGAAGUGCAGCUGUGCCUCAGACGGGGCUCCUGUGCCGAGGAGGCUGGAGCCGUAGGCGCCCAGAGUAGCCUCCGAGGGACUUGGCUUUGUGUGCCUCAGAACUGUUCCAGGGCCUGAGGAGAGAUGGGGAUUACUGGAUAGCUGAUGGGUAAAAGUUUUGUGCUCUCUGCUAAGCUCCGUUAGGUCCACCAGAAGAAGAGGCUCACCAAGACUCUGAUAGGACCUGUGGGUUUGCUUCUUCUGACCAGUCAGGUCCCUUCCUAAUUUUUGUUUCCCAAGGACAAGACUCUGGCCAGUGGGUAUCACCUGACCAGUCUUCUCUGUGUUUCAUAUUUUCACCGCACUCUUUCCUAAGCACUUACAUUUGUAGAAACUGUAAAUUAAGGCAGAGAACCCAACUCAUCAUUGUUUGCCUGUCCUGUCACUCAACCUAGGCUGAGUCCCUGUGGUCUGGGGGUGAUGGUGGUGGGGAGAUCCAGUCCUCUGGGCUUAAGAUCUGGAGUCAAGCAUGUGUUGUGCAUCCCUAACAGAUAAUAAGGGCACUUUGCAAGAAACAAAUAAAACAAUGAUGCUUUGUCAUUGUGCAUUUCUGCUUUUUACCAGAACCCUGCAAAUUGUGAGGAUUUAACAGAAAGUUCUACAUGGAAUAUUUGAAUUUGAUUGGAAAACUAAGGAAAGAACUGAAAAUGAUUGUGCCAAGGUCUUGGUUAAGUAAUAGUGGAAACUAGGAUCAAAAUGCAUUCAUAUUCUAGUAUCUGUGGUGCCAAUCCUAUCAGAAUCCAGCCAUUGUUAAUGAUAUGUUGCCUUUCUGGACACAGCAA